UUUCACCUUUUGAAUAAAAUUUCUUUUUUAUCACCAUCAUUUAAUUACAUUGAUUACCUUUUAUUUUAAUUUUCACAAGUUGUACUAAUAUUUGGAAUAUGUGGCUGUUUACGCUGUGCUGAAAUAGUGAAAAUGAAAUUUCAAGAUGUCGAAGAUUUGAACGAUAAAUAUUUAGUAUCGAUUCACGAUAACAAAAAUGACUACCCGGGACAAUUUAUCAUUGGCAACCUCUUUUACUCUACAGUAAAAAAAUAUAUUUUAUUACGUCCCACUAGUAACUUCAGCGAAAGAUUUUUCAUUCAAUAUUUAGAAGAUAAAGAAACAUGUACUCGAACGCCUAUAGAAAGACAUACAAUAGGAACAAUGCCAAAAAGAAUUGCCUAUCUACAAUUGCCAAAUGUUAAAAGAUAUACAGGACAAUGCUUUAGAAGGACGUCUGCAACUCUUCUCUCCGAUUCCGGCGCCAAUAUGCAAAUGAUUAAACAACUAGGAAGAUGGCGUUCAGAUAUGAUAGCUCAGGGUUAUGUUGAAAACUCAAUGCAUAAUAGACAGAUGAUAUACAACGGAAUUACUCAAAAAAUUGCAACUGAUAUUGAGCCGAAACCAUCAAUCAGUAAAGAAACAACCACUGUGCAAGAAAAUGAUGGUUUUGAAAUCAAUUGGAGUGAGGAAGACAUUGCAAAAUAUUUGUGUAUUCAUGCUAAAAAGAACAUGGAGCAAACGACAAGAAAUCUGGACAAGCAAGCCACCCGGCUGAUUACGCGAGAAGACUUUAUCGCGUGGGAAGAGCGUGUCGACGAAUUUAUCGAUUCGCUCGAUGAGCAGAGUCGAAAUCCGCGAUUAUCGAUCGGUGCUUGCUCGAGGUUUUCCGACACCCACGCAUGCAGCGACUGUAGGGCUUUCAUGCGCUCUGACCAUUCAGUGGUACCGCGAGAUUCCACCUCCGAGACAUUCCGGCAACGACGACGCAGCGAAUGGAUAGGCUCUAGCUCACGACCCAGAUUCAGAAAGGCGGGUGACGUUCCUAUUGAGGAAUGGUGCGCGGUAUUGUACGCAAAGCGAAAGUCAGUAUUAAGCCCAGACCUGAAUCCUAUUGAACACGUCUGGGACUUGAUGGGUCGUCGAGGAAUAGACUGCUUGAAGUGA